AGAUCGUUGAUGGCAACGCCAAGAUGACGCUGGGCAUGAUCUGGACCAUCAUCCUCAGGUUUGCCAUCCAGGACAUCUCGGUGGAAGAGACCUCGGCGAAGGAGGGUUUGCUGCUGUGGUGCCAGAGGAAGACGGCUCCGUACAAGAACGUCAACGUGCAGAACUUCCACAUCAGCUGGAAGGACGGGUUGGCCUUCAACGCGCUGAUCCAUCGGCACAGACCGGAGCUCAUCGAGUACGACAAGCUCCGGAAGGACGACCCCGUCACCAACCUCAACAACGCCUUCGAGGUGGCCGAGAAGUACCUGGACAUCCCCAAGAUGCUGGAUGCUGAGGACAUUGUCAACACAGCUCGCCCCGACGAGAAGGCCAUCAUGACCUAUGUGUCCAGCUUCUACCAUGCCUUUUCGGGGGCCCAGAAGGCCGAGACAGCAGCGAACCGCAUCUGCAAGGUCCUGGCCGUCAACCAGGAGAACGAGCACCUCAUGGAGGACUACGAGAAGUUGGCCUCAGAUCUCCUGGAGUGGAUCAAGCGCACCAUCCCCUGGCUGGAGGACCGGAGCCCUCAGAAGACCAUCCAGGAGAUGCAGCAGAAGCUGGAGGACUUCCGGGAUUACCGCCGUGUCCACAAGCCCCCCAAGGUGCAGGAGAAGUGUCAGCUCGAGAUCAACUUCAACACGCUCCAGACCAAGCUGCGGCUCAGCAACCGCCCGGCCUUCAUGCCCUCCGAGGGGAGGAUGGUCUCGGUGAGACGGGGACAUCCCCAUCACGGCCCCACUGGGGGGGGACUGGAGCUUCUCCACCAG